AUGUCUCAUGAGGUUCAUAUUGGUAAUGGUGGUGUGCAAUCAAAUGAUCAAGAGACUUCAACACCUAAAUCUUGCACUCAAGGUGGCUUGGAAUCUAUAAAUCUUGAUGAAGAAAUUGGAUCUGCACCGGCUGUAAAAACACCGAAAAUAAGAUUCCAACCAAACGAGGAUGAACUUCUCAUUCAAUCAUGGUUCAACAUUUCAAAGGACUCGAUUGUUGGAGUUGAUCAAAAAGGAGAUUGUUUUUGGAAGAGGAUUAGUGAAGCUUAUAACAAGCACCGCGACAAAAAUUGUCCAGAGAGGAAUUUCAUGGCACUAAAAGGUCGAUGGCACAAAACGAUCAAUCCUUCUGUUAAUAAGUUUGUUGGGUGCUACAAACAAGCCGUUGGUUUGAAAAAAAGUGGUAGCUCCGAGAGCGACAUUAUUUUGGCUGCACAUGAUAUUUUUCACCACGACAUGCGUAGAAAAUUCACAUUUGAGGGUGCGUGGAGAUUAAUGAAGGAUGAACCCAAAUGGAGUGCAGGUUCAUUAGAACCUUCUUCAAAAAGAACAAAGAAUUCAACUUCUGGAGCAUAUUCGCCGUCUUCUAACCCACCAACACCAACAAGCGAAUACAAUCCGCCGAAGCGUCCAAUCGGUCAAAAGGCGGCUAAAAGGAAGGAAAAAGAAAAGCUUAAAGAAACGUCUGCUACCAAAUUUGAUACUUUGAAAUAUAACUUCGACAAAAAGUUUGAACUAGUAUCCGUGUUUGCACGUGAUUAUGCACGUAUUGAGAGUGAAAAGGUCGAGAUAGAGAGGAAAAGGGUUGAUGCGGAGCUACAAAGAACCGAAAAUGAUAGGGAAAGGUCGAAGAUCGAUGAUUUACAAAUUCUUUUAAAGGAUACGUCAAAUAUGAAUGCAAGACAACUAAAAGAUUAUGAAUAUUUGUGUGGCAUGAUUAGAGAUAAAUAUGGACUUAAUUGA